CGAUGAGUGCUCGUGCGUGAUGACGUCAGACGUUACGUCCGCUCUUGGUACGAGUGAGCCAAGAUGGCGGACUCGGUAGCGGCGGGGCUCGGAGACGAAAAUGAGACGGAAAAUGAAGAUAAGGAGAGGGAGAAACUGGCUUUCCGCGCUACGGCCAAGGCAGAAAUAAACAGCGGUGCUUCGGAACUGACGGAGACUUUGGGGUUUUACGAGAAAAAGGCGAAAAAACAGGACAAGCGCAGCGUCUCGGACCUGUCUCUGCUGCGGUUUGUCAGAGCUGAGUUGACGAGAGGAUAUUUUCUGGAACACAACGAGGCCAAAUACACGGAAAGGAGAGAGAGAGUCUAUACCUGCCUGCGCAUCCCCAAAGAACUGGAGAAGCUGAUGAUCUUUGGCUUCUUCCUGUGUCUGGAUGCAUUUCUCUACGUGUUCACACUGUUACCCCUCAGAGUCCUGCUGGCCCUCAUCAGGCUGCUAACACUGCCAUGCUACGGACUCAGAGGCUCUCGUCUCCUUCAGCCCGCUCAGGUGUGUGAUGUGCUGAAAGGCUUCAUCAUGGUGCUGUGUUACUCCAUGAUGCACUACGUGGAUUAUUCCAUGAUGUACCAUCUGAUCCGGGGGCAGUCAGUCAUCAAACUGUACAUCAUCUACAACAUGCUGGAGGUGGCAGACCGAUUGUUUUCGUCCUUUGGGCAGGACAUUCUGGACGCUCUCUACUGGACAGCCACGGAGCCCAAAGAGAGAAAGAGAGCUCACAUAGGUGUAAUACCUCACUUCCUAAUGGCUGUCCUUUAUGUCUUUCUUCAUGCCAUUCUGAUCAUGGUUCAAGCCACCACCUUAAACGUGGCAUUCAACUCCCACAACAAAUCUCUGCUCACCAUUAUGAUGUCCAACAAUUUUGUUGAGAUCAAAGGGAGCGUGUUUAAGAAGUUUGAGAAGAAUAACCUCUUUCAGAUGUCCAACAGUGAUAUCAAAGAAAGAUUCACAAACUACGUGCUGUUAUUAAUCGUAUGUCUUCGAAACAUGGAACAGUUCUCCUGGAACCCAGAUCAUCUGUGGGUGCUGCUUCCUGACGUGUUUAUGGUCAUUACUUCGGAGAUGGCCGUGGACGUGGUGAAACACGCCUUCAUCACCAAGUUUAACGACAUCCCAGCAGACGUGUAUGGUGAAUACAGAGCAAGCUUGGCCUUUGAUCUGGUCAGCAGUAGACAGAAAAAUGCAUAUACUGACUAUAGCGACAGUGUAUCAAGGAGAAUGGGCUUCAUCCCUCUUCCUCUAGCUCUACUGCUCAUCCGGGUGGUGACGAGCUCAGUGAAAAUUCAAGGCGCCCUCUCCCUCGUGUGUGUGAUCCUUUUCUAUCUUGGUAUGAUCACGCUAAAGGUGCUGAAUAGCAUCGUGUUGUUGGGAAAGUCGUGUGUGUACGUGAAAGAAGCGAACAUGGAGGAGAAGCUGUUCCAGUCUCCUCCCUCCGCCACUCCCAGCCGAGCAUCAAGUAGAGCUCAUCAUGCAAAACGCACACGAGAGCCAACAAGCAAGCCAGCGGAAGAGGGCAUAUCUCCGUCAGUUAUAAAUCAACCAGUCCACCAGAUGGAGAGCCCCGUGCCUGAUCUCCCAACCAGCGAAUCGGAUCAGUUCCUCACGACGCCCGACGAAUCGGAGGAGAAGGACAUCACCACCACGCAGGACGGAACAGAACUCGUCCACAGAGCUCCUAAGAAAGACCUGCUGGAGAUCGAUCGUUUCACGAUCUGCGGGAACCGGAUCGACUGACGCUCGACUGUACAGAAUGACGAAAGCUAGAAGGUGUCUACUGGCUUGACCUUUUGACCCUCUGCUUGAAGGAUCAAGGUAGAAAGAGCGAGCAGGAUAUUUAUUAAGAAGCGCACCUAAUUUAUUUAAGUUUCAAACUGAAACACACUCAUCCUAACCUUCUCCUCUGUACCGGACUCGUGGAUAAUUCCGGCCUUCCCAAAGGUCCUCAUGUACUCAGACAGCACCAGGAACAGACCUGGACCUUUCACCAUCCUGACAGACAGAAAGAAAGAGUGACUGAUCACUUUGGGCAACGACUCAACGAAAGACCAAUGUUAAUACGAGGUCAAUCAUGACUAAACUUUAGGUCAUUUUGAAGUGGUGGCUUAAUAUGUGGCUUUUUUUUUAUUUUUCAUGCUAAGUUGCAUUUCCAUAAAGCGCUGAAGUUGCACAUGUUUUUUUUUAUCAUCAUUUUUAUAUGAACAGUGAUUUGAACUCAUUGAUUUUAUGCUUGUGUAGAAAUGACAGAUGAGUAGGUAACGUUUUAUACAAAGGUUCCCUUAACUAACAUUUAGUUACGGAUUAACAUGAAAAACGAGCGUUAGCAAACUAUUCAUAAUGUUAACAAAGUAAAAAGGGCAAGUUAACAGAUGUGUUAAUUGACAUUUGUUUAAACGUUAAUAAGAUGCACCUGCAGUGACCGUUUAUUUAGUCCAUGGGUAAAAAUAAUUCCAUAUAAAUGAGCAGAAAUUCAGUUGUGUCAUGUUCCUAAAUUCAAACUUUGGUCUCUAGGUGUAAAUGUUGGACUUUUACAGUUCUGAUUUUUGCUCAGUAUGUUUUAAUAAGGCGUUUAUUGGUUGUUGUGGGCUUCGUUUUUACACCUGAAUUGUUGAUUUAAUGCGGGUAAAUAUCUGAAACAUCAAUUAAUAGAAGUAUUUAAAUACUUUGUUACUUACAGAUGUAAAAUGUUAAAGUUCAUCAUUGAUGUUAACUGAUGCACUGAAUGUCAAUUACGGGAACCUUAAUGUAAAGUGUUACUGAUAAGUUCAGCAGCAGGUCAGCUUUGUAUAUCUGGAUCCAUAAGACCAGCAUUAGACUGAAGUAUCUUAGUUACUUUAAUUUUCUGAAGCGUCACUUCGGACCAUUUAAAUGAAGCACAAAAUAGAUGUAAAAUAUCAGCUGUAUUGCGCUUUCAUUUUUAAAUUUUUUAUUAUUUUUUUUUUAAGCUAAAAUGUGUUCAUUUCAAAGCAUUUUAUCAUUCAGGUAUUUUUCAUAUUUUUCCGCCAGUCUUAAUUUAGGCCGAAGACCUCGUUAAUAUCACGCAUUACACUUCAAUGCUUGUGAAUUGCACAUUAGUUUGCUAUAUAGACAUUAAAUGUGUAUAGGUUGUUUUUUUUUUAAAAUACAUUCACAUCUGAAACUGAAUUAAAUACUAUAGACAAAAUCCAAUAAAGUCACAUGCAAGUUAAUAGUACACACGAGGUACAUUUAGAACCUGAUUUCAUGUAUAUAAUAAACAAAUAUAUUCCGUCUGAGCCCUUGGGUUAAAAUAUCCAUUCUUGGUUAGAUUUCUUUUAUUCUUCAAACAUCCAACCUGACGUGCGAUUUAUUUUGGCGUGUUUUCAGUCACUGUAUUUUACGUAUUAAGUUCAUACUUUGUGCAUUGAGUUGCUGUGUUUGUUCCCCCUACUUAAUACUUUACAUAUCUAAAUAGAUAUUUCUUUUUAAAUGCCAAACAGAAAUUGCCGUUUGUCAUACCAGUACGGUUUCAGAGAUUCAACAUGAUGCCAAUCACCUCAUGCUGUCUGUUACAGUAAUGCAGUGGUUUUAUAUACCUUUAAUUCUAUGUUGCUGAUUUGCAGUGCUUUCAUUUUUUGUAGGGAUUUCAUGCAACUUUGACUUAAGGGCUGUUUUGUUUGAAUAAGAAGUCUCAUGCACCUGAUCUCCGAGUUACCAAUUUAAAAAAAAAAAAAAUCAACAAAUACAA